GCGUUCGGCAAGGUAUAAGGUUGUGGACCUAUAGGCACACCUAUCCCGACCUUGUCAGCCCAGGCCCAAACUCUGUAAAGCCUUUUCGUGAAGCUCCGGCCCAACGUCCAAGAUUCCAAUGCCGUCUCGAAUCUGUACAUACUCGAUAUACGUUUCAAGCAUGGCCACCUCGGCCUCAGCAAGCGACCAAUGUUACACUGGCGGGUCGGGCCAGUGUCCAGCUGAAAGCUUCGAUGCCAGGCCGAGUCGUAGUUUCCAGAUCUCGAUGUCGGAAUCACUCCCUCUGAGCCAAUCUACUUGGCGAUCUUGGUCGCUUGAAGCUCACCCACCGGGGCAUUCAUCCGUUGAUCCAUCUUCAGAAUUGAUUUGCGACACAAGAGCUACAUGUCUUCGAUUGAGCUCUUGCCAUCCUGAACUUUGAUCACUCAGCUUCACAUCCAUCCUUUCACUGGCUGAGUUUGACAGACUGCAGCGUCGCAAUUCAGCAAGACCCGCAUCGAGGUCGUCAGUGCGCGCUGGAUCGAUAGAACGCGGGUCAAUAGAGUGACCCAUGGUG